UGGAAAUCUGCCAAUCGAUCGUAACGUGCUAUUUGCCGAUGAAAUUUCAAAAUGACCCAGCAAGUUCAGCCAUAAAAUGAGCUGAAAUUCUGGCUGGUUCUAGCCAGUAACCGUCUUCACUGAUACAACCAAUUCUAAUUAGAAUCGGUUAUGUCGGAACCGGAGUUCUAACUAGAGCCAGUAGGAAUUCCGGCUGGACUGAUUAGGGAUAGUUCUGAAUCUUACAACUUUUUCGAAUUUAUAUCACAAAAACAGUACUAAUUUUACACUUCUAACUGAAGAUCUAUUUUAAUCUUAAAUCUUGUAUUAUUUCACUUUUUCCAGGCAAUCAAUUUUAUUCUAAAAGGCCAUAUUGUGUUGUAUGCUAUCUAUACGAGCGACGAAACACCAAACAAUUACUUAAAGCGCGUGCUCUGUAAUCGUUCGUGGUUUCUCAGUUACCGGGCUACCACAGACAAACUGACAUAAUACACUAUUUCGCACCAUCGCCCAAUAUGGCCGCUUUUCCAAGCUUUCGCAGUUAAACCUUAACAUAAUUUAGACCACGAAAUUAAACAAAACGCCACUAAAUAACGCGUAAAUUAGUAUCGCAAUGUGAUGAAAAGGAUUUACAGAAAAUUAUGUCUGUUUAACUGUGGAACUACUAUCAGCUAGAUUGGCAACGACCAAUCGUGACUCUCCCAAGUAACCGGCUUAAGUCCGAACCUCAACGAUCGCAAAAACAAUAAAAACCAAAUCUCAUCUCGAAUGAACCCUGUCCCGCUACCAUCGCAUGAAUGGACGCACUUUCUUUGCCCAUUCUUCUUCGUCACAUCAGUUAUUAUCAAUUAGAUACGGAUAGCUGCCCAUCGCGCUAUGCUCAGAGCCUAUCAGCGACUAUCAGUAGUCACGUCGGGCCCUUCGAAACAGCUGGUCGUGUUGCAUCGGUUGCAUUUUGCCUCGGCACUUGAACCCUAUAGAAGUGUGUAUCGAAAUUGUGCAGUGAUGUUUACUGUUCUAGCAGUAUAAUUUGUUGCUCUCAACUCAACCGGUCAGAUAAGAGAUCUACGAGCUCGCAGAUAAUUUGGAUUAUUCUCACGCAAAGAUGGUAAACGAAAACAGAGUUUACCAUCAGCACCAGUUGAGUGAUCGCACCGAUCAAGACUACAGCGAACAUUUACCGAGUGUGCGUAGCUUGAUCGUACCGCGAGUACGCUCCAUAUGUACGCUAGCGACGGUCCGUAGACGAAUCCAUGUACUCCAAUGGCUACCCAAGUAUCACCUCAACAAUCUACUAUCAGAUAUAAUCGCUGGAGUAACGGUCACCCUCACGGCAAUCCCUCAGAGUAUCGCCUACGGAAUCCUAGCAAAUCUACAGCCACAAGAUGGAAUCUACUCCAACUUGGUCGGAUGCUUCAUGUACUUCCUAUUCGGCAGCGUGAAGGAUGUAACUGUGGCUCCAACCUCGAUCAUGGCGAUCAUGAUUCAGGGAGUGGUGUUACAGCUAGGACCUGGAGCGGCACUGUUAACAUUGUUGGCCGGAGCGAUCACGUUUCUCUUCGGGGUGCUCAAUAUGGGCUUUCUGGUUCGGUUUAUUUCGAUGCCAGUCAUUACAGGAUUCACGACGGCAGCGUGUUUAACAAUCGGUAGUUCCCAGUUGAGAUCGCUGUUCGGGAUCAGUAGUCCCGGAAAGAGUAGCGAUUUUAUUGAUGCGUGGGAGAACGUGAUCAAAAACAUUGGAGAAACUAGGCUGUGGGAUACGAUACUAGGUUUCAGCUCGAUUGCAUUUUUGGUUCUGUUCAGACUAACCAAAGACUGUGGUCAAGGUAACCGGAAAACUUUCUUCAAGUACCUCUCGCUGCUACGCAAUGCAAUGGUAGUGAUCAUAGGCGCUUCUCUGGCGUACGGAUUCGCUAAAGAUGGUUUGCAACCGUUCAAAUUAACCGGCCACGUUGAUUCGGGUGUCCCGCCAUUCCACAUUCCUCCAUUCUCCAUCACUAACAACGGAACCUUUUACUCGUUCUCCGACAUGAUUUCCACCAUGGGGACUUCCAUAAUUGCGAUCCCGCUUGUCUCGACCCUGGAAAUUAUUUCCAUCGGGAAAGCCUUUUCCAAUGAUAAGAUCGUAGACGCUACCCAGGAAAUGAUCGCUCUCGGGAUGUGUAAUAUGGCAGUGUCCUUCGUGUCACCGCUGCCAGUAGCAGGAUCGUUUACACGAACCGCCAUCAACAACAGUAGUGGAGUGAAGACUUCCCUUGGCUGCGCAGUGACGUCUUUGUUGCUGUUGGUAGCUUUAGCACUUCUUGCCGAUGCAUUCUACUACAUUCCGAAAGCUACUCUCGCGGCGGUGAUCAUCUCCGCCAUGUUGUUUAUGGUAGAUUACCGAGGGAUCGGCGAAAUUUGGCGAGUCAAAAAGCUGGAUUUAAUUCCUCUGGUUGGAACCAUUGUUGCUUGUAUUUUUCUAGGUCUUGACUACGGGAUAUUGGUAGGAAUCGGAAUCAACUGUUCUUUUCUGCUAUAUCUAAUAGCUGCGCCGAAAAUCACGAUGCAGCACUUACUCGCGGAUAGUGUCAAUGUGCUGGUGGUAAAACCGUGUCAAGAUUUACCAUUCGCAUCUGCGGAGUACGUCCGGGAUCAAGUGGUACGAGCUGUGACGGAGGCGUAUGAGUCCCCGGUCGAGCUGCUCGUGGUAGACGGCAGGGGAGUGAACUUUGUGGAUACAACCAUGACCAAGAAUUUGGCCAGUCUUGAGAGUGAUAUGCAAACGCGAGAGGUAGGAUUUGUGCUGUGGAAUUGGAGCAGAUGUACGGCUGGUGCUUUGGUGCGAUUGGAUAGGAGCUUUUUGUCACUGGUGUGCCACGAAGAGGAGCUUUCGGCCGUUGUUCAAAGGUGGAGGGAAAGUCAGGUGAAGGAAGCGUGAUACAGCAACAGCGAAUGUGAUUAUGUAAAGCCCAUUUACUGUGGGCAGGGUAGAUGCGAUCACUAAACAAAUGAUUAAAUUAGCAUGUUUCUCUUCAUAACUAUAAUGUAGAUAUAUAGACAUAGUCAAUGAAAAUUA